AUGACUUCUUGGGACAACAAUAGUUUUUCAAGACCAGUUGAUCCAUCAUCAUCAUCAAUGCGAAAUGCUCCAGCACUACCGAUGUCAACAAAUAAUUAUUUUGCACCAGUUCCAAAAUAUAGUUCUCAAGUUCAUCCACAGAAUACUGGCGAUGGACGACAAAUACAACAACCAGGGUAUCAACCAAAAUAUAUUGAAGCAUCGCAACCAACACGAGUAGAUAUCAGUCAGACGAGGUAAAAAUCAACAGAAAU